UUUUAGGGGCGGCUGAUCUGCAUGUGUGAAAUAAAUCCAAUCUGACAAGGCCUUUACAUCUUGAAACUGGAUUGUUAAUAUACAGAGAGAGACAGUGCUAAGCUUUAAUAGGGAGAAAGAGAGAGAGAGGGCGAGAGGGAGGGUGUGAGCAAGAGAGAGAGAGAGAGAGAGGGAGGGAGAGAGAGAGCAUCAAGUCACCACGAUAGGCUCCACCAUCCUCAUACUGUAAGGUACAAGUGCCACAAGGAGACUAUAUUCCUCUAAAAUAAUGGAUGGGACAAAGCCAGCCAUGGAGUCCAACGCAGAGGAGACUCAGGACGAGGGACAAGAGAGCAAAGGAUGCUUCGAAUGCUGCAUCAAGUGUCUGGGCGGGGUGCCCUACGCCUCCCUGGUGGCCACCAUCCUCUGCUUCUCAGGCGUGGCUCUGUUCUGUGGCUGCGGCCAUGUGGCGCUGACCGGCACCCUGACCAUGCUGGAGAACCAUUUCUCCAGGGUCACCACCGACCAUGCCACCCUCACCAUGGUGAUCCAAAUCUUCCAGUACAUCAUCUACGGCAUUGCCUCCUUCUUUUUUGUCUACGCCAUCAUCCUGCUCGCUGAGGGAUUCUACACCACCAGCGCCAUCAAGAAGGAGCUGCAGAGCGACUUCAAGACCACCGUCUGCGGACGCUGCAUCACCGCCUUCUUCAUGUUCCUGACCUACAUCCUCGCCCUGGCCUUCCUCGCCAUUUUUGGCUUCACGGCGAUCCCCGUUUUCCUCUUUUUCAACAUGUGGAAUACCUGCGCUGCCAUGAGGUCUCCUGACGCUAACAUCACCUCGCCUGACUCCAUCUGUGUGGACGUCAGGCAGUAUGGUGUUAUUCCCUGGAACGCCACACCGGGAAAAGCUUGUGGAGCCACACUGGGAGACAUCUGCAACACAAGCGAGUUCUAUCUGUCCUACCACCUCUACAUUGUCGCUUUGGCCGGCGCCGGAGCCACCGUCAUCGCAUUGAUUCACUACCUGAUGAUUUUGGCGGCUAACUGGGCCUAUCUGAAGAGCGCCGUCUCCACACAUGAGUACCAGGACAUCAAGACCAAGGACGACCAGGAUCUGGAGGCUGAGGCGCGCUCCAAGGAGGGCCAGAACUCGUCCUCCUACUCAUAAGGACAAGAGAUCCUCCUCCGCUGCCACCCAUCUAUCCUCUCCACACCUCAACCCCCAUCCCACAACACCCAGUGCCCACCCCUCCCUCCGGUAAAACAAACCACCUCGGUCAUGUUUGAUAGUCCCCCAGCCUCCUGAUUCUCCAUCCUCUCCCCCUCCGCAGUGUUUAUUAAGAGUUGUGGGAGUGUACCCACACCAGAGGGGAAGAGAAUAGAGGAUCAGGAGAAGCGGCUGGCCCAGACGGAGGCAGAUGUUUCAGGAGAGCUCGCCCGCCGGGGUCGAGCUCAGGUACAGUACAUCAGUUCAGAAGCAUCUCCUCCCACGUGCUUUUGGGCGGCGGCUCGUGAACGUGGCCCGGCUGUGAUGGCCUCGCGCCCUGAGCCAGCACAGCCUCUCGACACACAGCUCCUAACAGCCUAAAAAAAACAUUGUUCACUGUCAGCUUCAGCCACAGGGAAGCCAGGCAGCGACCAACUUCCUCCGUUUUUUGGUGUUUUAUAUGCAUAUAUAUAUGAAUAUGAAUAUAUUGUGCGAAUGUGUAUGAAUGUUGUUGUUUUUUUAAUACUCUCUGAAAAGUAUGCCAGAUACUAUUAUGAUCUUUUCUCUUCUUUAUGUUUUUGCGCUCAUAGGUUUUUUCUCCUUUACUUUUCUUCUCCAUCUUUAACUUUUUAUUGCUAAUGCUCAAUACUUUGUUGCACUAUUUAAGAAAUAAAAAAUAAGGAGAGUGAAAAUCCCAUAACAACACAAAGCACCCCACCCCCCCUCUGUCAUAGAAAUACCUAAAAUUCAUGUGGUAUCUCAAGGAUUAUUGUGCAUUUACAUGAUUAAAGUUGAUUUAUCCACCAAGGUAUUAAGAGUUUAUUUAAAACCAGAGGUGUAGCAAACUUUUUUUAAAGGAAUAGUUUUGGAAAAUGUUCUUAUUUUCUUACCAACAGUUAGAUGAGAAGAUUGAUACCUCUUCUCUCAUGUGUAUGAUGAAUAUGAAACUAUAAACAGGAACUUGAUUUGCUUAGUAUAAAGAAAAAGGAAAACAUUUAGUCUGGCUCAGUCUUAAGGCAACAAAGUCUACACACCAGCACCUCUAAAGCUUACAAACGUUACGUCUUGUUUGUUUAUUUUGCACAAAACUCAAAAAAUUCUGCUAACUUCACAGAAAACCACAACUUGUAGUUUUCACACUUUGGUCUUUGUGCAAAAUAAACAAGAUAAAUUCCAUUAGUUAAGCUUGGUAGGCUGAUUUUGUUUCUUUUAGACAGAGCCAGGCCAGCUCUUUCCCCAUUUCCAGCAUUUUAAGAUAAGCUAAACUAACCAGCUAGUGACAUUAGCUUGAUAUUUAAGUGUUCGAACAUACUUAGAGACUACUAUCAAUCUUCUCAUCUAAGUCUUGGCAAGAAAGCAAAUAUAGUUCCCAAAAUGUCAGACUAUUCCUUUUAAGACCUUUAUGGUUUUUGCUACACUCAACACCAGCGGCAGCAGAAAUCAAAGAUAAAUCUGUCCAGGUCUUUUAACAUGAAGAAGACACACACCUCAGGUAUCAAACCAAAUCUGAUUUUAACCAGUUGUGUUCUUUUCCAGAGCUUCACCUCUAAAUACUCAACCCCUUACCGGAUUGGUACGCUGUCCUGUGUGAAGUAUACAGUAAAAACCUGUUCUAUCAUUCUCUAAAAUUCCUCCUUUCGCGAAUGAAGUUCACCUGUAAAUAGCCAAAUCACCCCAAAAGAUCUCGAUUUACACCUCUCCCGAAACGGGGAGAACACAAUCAGUGUUUUGCCAUGCUCUUCUAUUAUUUUUUUUCCACAAAUAUAUGUAAAUGUACCCUUUGAGAUAUGUGUUUAGCACUCAAAUACUAGUUCUGCAUUUGAUAUAAUAAUUGUAAUGUAACAUCUUAAAUGAUAUGUCGUGAGAGGGAUACAGUGCAGUCAUGAUAUGAUAUGAUGGAUUGAGGUGCUUGUGACGUAUACAUUUUAAAAUGUGAAAAAAAAGGAAAUUGAUUUUUAAUGUUUGAUCAGUUUUAGGCAGCUGGGUUCUUCUUGUGAUUCAGUAAUAAUGAUUUAAUGGAACUUGUUUGUGCUUAUUUUUUGACGGCCAGCCAAAUGAGUGACUCAUCAACACGUGAGUUGAAGAAAAAGUCACUUUUUUUCUUUUUGCUUUUCCUUUUAUUUCCAACGUCAUGCCUCUCAUAACGAGCCACAGAGACUGUUUUGGAUGUUUACACUCUGAAUAAAACAAGUCAGGAAUUUUCAUACAUUAAUUUUAUAAUCAAAUAUUGUUUAAUAAUCAUAAACUAUAUUCUAUAUUGAUCAUCACUGGUUAGUUUUCCCUCAAAAAACACUGAAGAAAUUUUUGAACUUUGAUGAGAUGAAGCAUGUCAGUAUUGUCCAUGUGUGCAGCUGUCUAUUCUGUAUAAAAAAGGACUAUAUUGCCAUGUGUGUUAUGUUUGAUAAAUAUACGUGCUUUGCCGCCAGGUCGAUGUAAAGGCAAACUUCAAUUUCCUAUAAGACGAUGCGUGUCAGGGUGUUGUUGUUUCCUCGUUAUUUGCAUGAAGGAGACAUGACUGUGUCUUUGCAGUUUUUCAGGUGAUGUGUAGUCAAUUGUACUGACAACUAUGGUAGGCGGUGUUUGCCCCCCACCCUCCUCCUCCUCUUCCUAGUCCUCCUCCAAACCCCCGUCCCUUUUCCACCUACUCUUUUCUAAAGAAAACUCCAUUGUACUUUGAUGGCAUUGUAGUCCCUGUAGGUGUUUCAUUAUGGUUUUAUUUUUUAAGUUGGAAAUAGUUCUAUGACUCCUAUAUAGUGAUGAUUUUUGUAACCUUCUCUAGUAAAACCGAUAUUUUUUAUUAUCGUGA